AAUAAUAGUAAUCACAAAUCAAUACUUUUAUUAUAAAAUUUUAAACACAAACAAACAAAGCUACUCCAAACUUCAAUAAAGAAAGACUUUUCUUUUGAGAAAAAUCCCCAAAAUUUCCCAAAUGAUUUGAUUUGAGUUGAUUUAAUCAAAAGAAAAAACAUUUUUGCAGAUCAGAGAAAGCAAGGGUGAAACAACCACGGAACGCGACAGCUUCUCUAACCCACCAAACUUUCACAUCUUUUCUCUCUCCUUUUUUUGCACACUACUGUGAAAUCUUGCAUUUUAAGCUGAAAUUAGUAGAAAUAAUUGGAAAACUGUCGGCAAAAACUUGCUUUUUUUGAAGGCUAGAGAAAAAGAGGGGGUCAAUAUAGUCAUAUUAGAGUCAAAAUUGGUGUGUAUAAUUUGCACAAAGUGUGAUUUAAUUUUGUGUAAAAGUGUAGAUUUGUUCAAAUGUUAGUCCAAGAUCGAAUACCCACAAAGGGUUCAGCUCCAAAUCAGGCAAAAUCGCAAGUAAGAAAUCUCCCAACUUUACAUCCUAGUAGAUUUUCUGAGUCUAAGAGUCUUGAUUUCUCAACAUGGGUAUCUGAAAAUUUGUACAAAAUAUUUGCAAUUUUUGUAUUACUUGCUACUGUUGCUGCACUUUUCUUUCUUCGUAAUGUGGGAGAUAGUGCUGCACUUCUUUGUUUUGAGUCCAAGACUAGAGAACUUGAAACUAUACAUUUCCCUAAAAUUGAUUGGAAUUCAAUCAAACCCAUCACUGAUAAAGUUACCCCGUAUGCGAAUUUUCGGGCUGAGAGAUGGAUCAUUGUGUCUGUUUCGGAUUAUCCAACUGAUUCGCUUAAGGGUUUGGUAAGGAUCAAAGGGUGGCAGGUUGUUGCAAUAGGGAAUUCAAGAACCCCUAAUGAUUGGAAUCUUAAGGGUGCUAUUUUUUUGUCUUUAGAUAUGCAAUCGAAGUUGGGUUUUCGGGUUCUAGACUAUUUGCCUUAUGAUUCAUAUGUUAGGAAAAGUGUUGGGUAUUUGUUUGCUAUUCAACAUGGUGCUACUAAGAUUUUUGAUGCUGAUAAUAGAGGGGAUGUGAUUGAUGGGGAUUUAGGGAAACAUUUUGAUGUGGAAUUGAUAGGGGAGCAGGCUAGGCAAGAGAUCAUAUUGCAAUAUACUCAUGAGAACCCGAAUCGAACAGUGGUUAAUCCGUAUAUUCAUUUUGGGCAGCGGUCUGUUUGGCCGAGGGGAAUGCCUCUUGAAAAUGUGGGUGAAAUUGGGCAUGAGGAGUACUACACUGAGGUGUAUGGUGGGAAACAGUUCAUUCAGCAGGGGAUCUCUAAUGGUCUCCCUGAUGUUGAUUCGGUUUUCUAUUUUACUAGGAAAUCAGGGUUGGAAGCAUAUGAUAUUAGGUUUGAUGAAAAGGCUCCAAAGGUGGCACUGCCACAGGGUAUGAUGGUGCCUCUUAAUUCUUUCAAUACAAUGUUUCAUACUUCGGCAUUUUGGGGUUUGAUGCUUCCUGUUUCUGUUAGUACUAUGGCUUCUGAUGUAUUGAGAGGUUACUGGGCUCAAAGGAUUCUGUGGGAGAUUGGAGGCCAUGUGGUUGUUUACCCUCCCACAGUUCAUAGACAUGAUAUAAUUGAAGCAUACCCUUUCUCAGAGGAAAAAGACCUUCAUGUGAAUGUGGGUCGUCUGGUAAAUUUCUUGAAUUCGUGGAAAUCAACCAAAAAUAGACUGUUUGAAAAGAUUUUGGAACUGAGUUUUGCAAUGGCAGAAGAAAGAUUUUGGACUGAGAAAGAUGUGAAAUUUACAGCUGCUUGGCUUCAGGAUUUGCUUGCUGUUGGGUACCAGCAGCCAAGGCUGAUGUCCCUAGAAAUCGAUCGGCCUAGGGCAACUAUUGGUCAUGGGGAUAGAAAGGAGUUUGUUCCUAGAAAGUUACCUUCUGUGCAUCUCGGGGUUGAGGAGAUAGGUAGUGUGAACUAUGAAAUAGGGAACUUAAUUCGAUGGAGGAAGAACUUUGGAAAUGUUGUUUUGGUUAUGUUCUGCAGUGGCCCUGUUGAACGCACUGCCUUGGAAUGGAGAUUACUUUAUGGUCGAAUCUUCAAAACCGUCAUCAUUUUGUCGUCACAAAAGAAUAAAGAUCUUGCUGUUGAUGAAGGAAAGUUGGAUUAUGUGUACAAGCAGCUUCCUACAAUAAUGAACAGAUAUUCAAGUGCCGAAGGAUUUCUAUUUCUCCAAGAUAAUACCAUCCUUAAUUACUGGAAUCUAGUACAAGCAGACAAGACCAAGCUUUGGAUCACUAACAAGGUAUCAAAGUCAUGGACACCUGUCUCAACCAACAAAGGUGAUUGGUUCUCCAAACAAGGUGAAAUGGUGAAGAAGGUUGUAAACACAAUGCCAGCACAUUUCCAAGUAAAUUACAAGGAAGCUGCAAUGACCAAUCCGAGCUUCGUGGUAUGCAGUUCAGAGCUAUUCUUUGUCCCGAGGAAACACGUCGAAGACUUCAUAGAUUUAGUUGCUUUAGUAGGCGACUUGGAAAUGCAUCACAAAGUCGCAAUUCCUAUGUUCUUUCUGGCAAUGGACUCACCUGAGAACUUUGACCCGGUUUUCAGUACAAUGGUUUAUAAGAACAAACCACCUUCUGGUAAUACAACCUUGUAUUCUGCUCAAGCACCUGCUGUUCAUCCAUGGAAUGUGUCAAGUGAACAAGAAUUUAUUAAGGUUAUUAGGGUAAUGGCUGUUGGAGAUCCUCUUUUAAUGGAGUUGGUUUGAUGCAAAGGACAAAAGCGUCUAUUCUUUCACAGGAAAGUUGGAAAUAUCGAGUAAGAAACGGGAAGUAGAAUCGCGUAUGUAACAGUGUCAAAUGAACAAUUCUUCUUUCUUUAGCUCUUUUUCCUGCCCUCGAAGGGGGAGGAGUUUUUGUAAAUUUCUUUUCUUUAUGAUUCAAAUUCAGUGAGUGAAUAUUCUAAAGGAAACAGAGGGAACUCUGGUCAUUCUUUCUAACACGCUUCGAAUUAUAUGUAAAUUUCUUACAUUAUAGUUGAUUUACUUGUUUGUUUACCAAA